AUGUCGAGCGAAGAGGUGGUCGAGGAAAACAACGCGCUGUGGAGGUUGUUUCAAAACGCCGGAGAGUUUUCGGGAGGCGUGUGUCGCGAUGUCGUGGAGAAACACGUGCUUCCGAGAUUGAAUUCGAACGAUGUGAAAUUCUUGUACGGAGUGAAUACGGAGACGAGAAAGUUGAUUAAGAGAUCGUCUCGCAAGGGGGAGUUGAAGGAGAGGUUUAUACCGAGUGACUGGGAUGAAACAUGGUUUUGCAUUCGAGUUGCUCAAACGAAUAAACUCGAGUUGCUCAAGUGGGCGCGAGAGGAGAAAAAGUGUGAGUGGAAUGGAAAGACGAUUAAUGCGGCCGCAGGUCAAGGUAAUCUGGAAAUGAUAAAGUAUUGCGUUGCAAAUGAGUGUCCUAUCGAUAAGAUCGCGUGUGCAUACGCUGCCGAAAGCGGUAAUCUCGAGAUACUCAAAUACUUACGGGAAGAAGUCGAAGCGCCUUGGGGGUGGAGAACUGCCAUUUUGGCGGCUGAAAAUGGUCAUCUUCAUAUACUCGAAUACCUUGUUGAGCGAAAGUAUGAUCAAUACGACGAAGGAGCGUGUGAGGGUGCGGCCACGUUCGGCCACUUGGACUGUUUGAAGUACUUGCACGAAACCGCCAAAGCACCGUGGAGCUAUUUGGCCGUACAUAACGCGCACUACAACAAACACCCCGAAUGUUUACAAUACCUCCUCGACAAUAACUGUCCUCUCCCACGCGGUUGGCGAUACGAAGGAGGAGUGUUACGCAGGUGGUCGGAUACACAAAGAGAAAGAGAGAGAUAA